AUGAUACAUGAGUAUAUACAAUAUCUAUCUAUCUGUUUAUGUAUCUAUCUGUCUAUCUCUCUCUUUCUGUUUAUAUAUCUAUCUAUCUCUGUUUAUCUGUCUCUUUGUUUAUCUAUCUCUUUCUGUUUAGCUAUCAUAUCUCUCCCUUUUUGUUUAUCUAUCUAUCAAUCUAUCCUUGUCUGUUUGUCUGUCUAUCUAUCUAUCUGUUUUUUCAAUCAUUUUAUUCAAAAUUCAAACUUUGUUAUUGUUUAUCUAUCUAUCUAUCUAUCUAUCUAUCUAUCUAUCUAUCUCAAACAUACACACAAUGGAACGUCUCUUUCCCCCUCACCAUCCCCACCACCCUCUGAUAGUAGUCAUUGGUUAUCAGUUUGGUCCAUUUUGCUCAAUUGUUAUGCAAUCCCAUUCCUCCUAACGUUUUCCGCAAGGCAAACUCCUCCCCACUUUUUACUAACUCUUUCUCCCCUACUAACUUUUGUAGAUCUCUUCACAUUAGUUCCCUUCCCCCCAUUCUCCUCUUUUGACAUAUCUCUCUCUCUCUCUCUCCUAGUUCUGAGACUUCUUAUUUUUCUCUGUACAUCAUAUCAUUUUCCUAAUGUCUUUUCCAAUCUUUUUAUUCUUGAUAUAUUUCUAUCUCUCUCUCUCUCUCUCUUUUCUCUCUAUUUCUCUAUCAUGCCACCUCCUCUAACGUCUUUGAUCUCUUUUUCCAUCCUUCCCUUUCUUACUCACAUCUUUUUCUCACUCUCUCAAACUAUUUUCCUUAGUCAUUCUCUAUUUUCUUUCCUUCUUUUGCUCACCACUCUCCCUCUCUUAAGUACACCUCUCUUUAGAUAUCUUUCAUACUCAUCUUCUUCUAUUACCUUUCUCUCACCCUCUUUCUCUUUUAAUCUAUCCAUUCUAUUUUCCCUUCUCCUCUAA